AUGGCCGACGUCAAAGACAUCACGCGCGAUCUUGAUAAGCUGGAUUCGCAGCUGGACAACUUGGAAGAAGCGCUUGCGCCUCUGCUGGGCGACAUUGGCGAGGUUUCAUCACAGAUGCCGCUACUGGACAAGGCCAAGCUCUUCUCCCUAGCAGCUUACUCAAUAGAAUCCCUUCUAUUCUCUGCUCUGAAGCUACAAGGCGCAGACGCGCAGAACCACGCUGUAUAUGCUGAGCUCAAGCGCGUGCAGCAAUAUUUCAGCAAGAUCAAAGCGGUUGAGGAGCCUGCCGGUCAACGCACUACUACAGUGAAUCAGGAGGCGGCAGCUCGUAUACUUAAAGCAGACCUCAGCGACAACAAGGCCCUGAGCAGCAGACUGGCUGAAAAAAUUGCUGAAGAGCGUGCCAAGGCGCUGCUAAAGUCUGUCGAGGGGCGCAAACGUCCGGCAGAUGAGUCCGCGCCUAGCUCUGCUGACGAUGGCAAGAUCAAAAAGUCAAAACACAAGCACAAGGCCAAGGGAAAGAGCAGGAAGUGA